UGCUUCCUCUUUUAUUAAAAAAUAAAAAAUGAAGUUCCCUUCUUUCUUCAAAAUUCAAGAAACAUGUCCAUUUAUACCUUGUGAAAACCUCAAAACUCCCUCUCUUAGAGUUGAAAAUAAUCACAACAUUUUCAACUCUCAAAGAUUUUACAACAAUGUUGAUGAUGAUGAAAUAGUAGAGAAUGUGAUUGAAGAAUUAAAAGAAGUGAAAGAGAGAUUUUUCAUUGAGGGAGGGGGAAAAACUAGUUCUAUUCUUGAAGUUUCAUCAUCAAAGAAUAAUGAUGGUAGUAACACAUCUGAGUUUCAACCAUGUAGUGAUUCAUCAAGUGUUAUGAUGAUGAUAGAUUCUAUGGAUUAUUUUGACAAUUCCAAGAAAUUAAAGGGAAAAUGGGUUGAAGCAAAUCAAGGAAUUCAAACUAGUUCAAUUCUUGAAGUGGGAUCAUCAUCAAAGAGUGAUGAUAUUAGUAGUAAGAGGUUCGAGUUUGUACCAUUGAAUGACUCAUCUUUUGUAAUGAUGGAUUCAAUGAAUCCUUUAGGGAAUUCAAAUAAAUCAAUGAAAGAAAUGGUUAAGUCAUCAUCAAAGAAUAAUAAUAGUAGUAGUAUCGGGCUCAAGUUCAUGCCAUUCAAUGACUCAUCUGUUAUAGUAUUGAUGAAUUCGGUGAACCCUUAUGAAGAUUUCAAGAAAUCAAUGGAAGAGAUGUUGGAAGAAAAUCAACAAAUUAAAGAUUGUGAGAAGUGUCUUGAAGAGUUGUUGAUUUGGUACUUGAAAUCUAAUGGGGAAAAUAACUAUAGGUACAUCAUUGAUGCCCUUUCUGAUUUGGUGAAUGACUAUAAUUCUUCAACAAAUGCUACAAGUUGUAGCCACUCAUUCACUAAUUCUCCAUUCUUUGAUUCUACUCCUAGUGUUUCUGCUAGUUCUCCAUUUUUGUCUUUGUUAGAAGCUGAGGAUGAGAUUGUUGAUGAGAUUACAACAAGAAGAUUCUCGGUGUAAUCUCAUAAGUAAAAUUUAGAUAGGGUACUUCUCUUUUGUAAGGUCAAGAUACUGUUUAUGAUACUCAAAAAAAAUAUUUCCGAACAAUAGAGAAAAGAAAAUAUAUGUUCUCUUUCUUGUUGAAAA